CUCUCAUCGGAGAAGGCACCUGCAGAUGACGUCUCAGGAAACAACCACUCAACAGUGCCUGCCGUGCCAGCUUUGUUCAUACAGCAACGGGAAUAUCUCAAAUCUUAUUCACAACUCACCUCAUCUCCGAUAGGUAAGCUGAGGAGGAUACAAAACCGUGAUUCACACAUCACUCACACACUCUUUAUUAAAAGACUUUCUGUCUUCAUACAAGCAGACAGAUUCAGCUCACCACCCAAGAAAAAACAACCCCGCCAUCCACCACCACCACCACUAUCCACCAAAAUGACACAGUCAGAUCUCGACCAACUGCUCGACAUGGGCUUUGAGAAGGCCCGGGCUGAGCUUGCCGUGAAGAAGACUGGGAAUCUGAACGGAGCUCUCGAGUGGCUCGAGACCAACCAAGACAAGCCCCUCGAAGAGCUUGCUGCCGCUGCUGAAGCCAAGAAGGAUGAUGAUGACGAUGAUGCCGCUGAAGUCCAAGCCAAUAUCGAGGCUCUUGAGAACGGCGGUACGGCAAAGUCUCUCGUCUGCAAUGAAUGCGGCAAGCGCUUCAGAUCUCAGGAUACUGCCUCAUACCACGCAACAAAGACGGAUCACACCGACUUCUCAGAGUCGACCGAAGAGAUUGCUCCUCUGACAGAGGACCAGAAGAAGGAGAAACUCGUUCAGCUCCGGGAGCAGCUCAAGGAGAAGAAGGCGAAACAGGCCCUCCUCGACAAGGAAGACGCCAAGCGCAACGAGAAGAUUCGCAUGAAGGCCACAAAGGAGACCCAGGAGGCCAAGGAAGAAUUGGCGCGCAAGGAGCAGAUCAAGGAGGCCGCCAGGAAGCGCCAGGAGAAGCAGGACGACAUCGAGGCGAAGCGCCGCAUCAAGGCAAAGAUCGAGGCCGACAAGGAGGAGCGUCGCCGCAAGGCCGAGGAGGCCAAGGCCGCGAGAGAGGGAAGAGCCCCCGAAUCUGCUUCGGUCGCCGCCGCCGCCGCAUCUGCCGGCCCGAAGACGGUCGCCAACCACAACGAGGCUCGCUUGCGCCUACAGACCGCCGGCGGCAACGUCGUCAAGACCCUGCCUGCUGAGACCACGCUGUUCGAGGUGGCGGAGAUGCUUCGGUCCGAGACCGGAACGACAGUCACGAGCUUCUCGACUACGUUCCCUCGCAAGACGUUCGAGGGCCACAUGGAUCUCAGCAAGACCCUGAAGGAGGCAGGGCUCACUCCCAGCGCCGUUCUUAUCGUCAAAUAAGCAUCCUAGGAUGUGAAAGUUCGGGAGGUUUAUUCUCCCAGGUUUCUUGAAGGACCCAGGGCCCAGGAAAUCGAGGACCCGGAUGAUUGCAUUAGAUGAUGGCGUUGCGGAUGUCAGGG